AUGUCAUCGCCCCUCGCAAAUGACGAGAGCAGGGACCUAAUUGAAAACCUGAGAAGUGAAGUAUUAAAUGAGCGCCUUAAUGCUGUCCAGUCACUAAAAAUUAUUUCAAAAACAUUAGGCCCAGAAAGAUCUCGCUCAGAAUUACUACCGUAUAUUGCCGAAACAAUCGACAACACCGAGGAGGUUUGGAUGCGUGUUGCAGAGCAGCUACCUCAAAUUCUUGAAGAAAUUGGUGGAUCUCAGCAUGUCUCUGUAAUUCUUACAUUACUCAAGCAAAUCUGCGAAAUUGAAGAUGCCAAAGUCCAAGAAACAGCUACGAAAUCUUUUAUCUCGUUAUCUCACAAGGCUACUCCGGAAGAACUUUCAGAAUUUUUCUUCCCAGUUCUUAAAGAGAUGUGCGAAGACACAUGGCACCCACUCAGAUCAGCCGCAGCUACAAUAUUAGGCGCAACAUUUUCGUUAUAUCCCGAUUCUCUUCAUAAAAAACUCGGAUUAUUCUUCCCAUCAAUUUCUGUCGAUCAAAUGACAAUUGUCCGCAGAUCAUUAGCUACAGCACUUCCUAUAUUUAUUACAACAGCGCAAACUCAAGAACAAUUCGAUAUUAUCGAAAGAUUAAUCACAACAUUAUCCGACGAUCUCUCUCAUGCAGUCCUUAUCGAACUCCCACUCGCUCUGUCAUUUUUACCACCAACAAUGUCAGAAUUAAAAAUUAAUUCUACGAAAAGGAUCUUUGCAAGCCCUCGCUGGCAGGCACGUGCAGUUUUAGCUGAUUCUCUUGCUAAAAUUUUCAUUGAUGGACCACCUCCAGCUGACGUUGUCAAAGGAAUUGCAGAUCCAGCAUCAAUCGACGCAGCAGUAGAGGUUCGCGCAUCAAUAGCACGUUCGUUACCAUUUAUUUACGACUCUGGUGCAUAUUCUCUUGAUGAAUUUGCCAAAUUCGCAACAGCAAUCGCAUCAGAUAAAAAUACUUCAGUUAGAUCAGCCGUAGCCAAGAGUAUUGGUGAUAUUAGCGGUGCCCCUGAAUCCCUGUGCUCUCCAUUGCUCUCUUUACUCCUCGAAGACGGUGAUAAUAACGUCAAAUUAGCUGCAUUGACAUCUGUUGCCAAAACAGGCUAUGCAGUUAGUGCUGCUGCCAAACAUAUCGGAAACCUUAUUAAAUUCAGUCCUUGGAGGACACAGCUCCCAAUUCCAGGCAUAAUUCCCGAAAUUGCACGAACAACAGACGUCCAGUACUUCACUGACAACUUCAUACCUCUCGUCAUAAAGCUCAUGACAAACGAGAGCUCCGACGUCAGGAAGAACAUGGUGAAAGCUCUGCCGCUGAUUUCGGAAAUUUACGGCCAAGACUGGAAAAUUACAACAUUCGCGCCUCUCUUCGAGCAGACAUUCGAUACAAAGGACUACCAGGUAAGACAGACAGUCAUUCAGGCAAUUUUCGCUCUGAAAAUUGUAGAUAGAUGCUCCGGAGUCAUCGAAAAGGCAAUUUUGGACCCUGUUUCGAAUGUAAGGAUCGUGUUGGCCAGAGAGGCAAGCGCAGCAAAGACCGUCCAUAUUACCGAAAGACUGAUGAAGGAUUCUGAUAAUGAUGUUGCUUAUUAUGCUGGAAAGCGUGAAUAA